CUACUUUUUAGUAGAGACAUUCCCAUUAGAUUGGGUUGCUUCCUUCUCAAUAUUACACCGGAAUAAUUGGUUUAUUUUUUUUAAGUUGUUACCCAGAAUUCGGACCGAAAUAUCAAACUACGUUUUCUCACAAAAUUGGAACCGAAACAUGAAUAUGCAGUGUCAGAAUCAAUUUUAGAUGCUAACUGAAACUCAUCAACUGUAUCUUUGAAUUAGAACAGAGAUCGGAUUCUGAAUUUCUCCAUUACAGACCCAUGGAUUUAGGAGUUCAAAUUCGGAUGGUCUUCGUUCCUGUGGCUCAUGUUUUAAGUAUCGAUUAUAUAUGUAAGGUUGUGCUUCGAAUACUCUGGCAUUGUGUACACCUUGUUGUCAGCAUAUGGUACUUUGUUCUGAGAAUGGUUCAGAUGCUUCAAAGCCACAUUAUCUCAAGUGGGUUGUUGGUGAAGUACAAAUCCCUUGAUUUAAGUAACCUCCAUUACCUAGCUGUUGUAGUAGACAGUGAAGAAGCUCAGCAUACUUCCAGAAUUCUUAAGCUUUUAAGUUGGUUAGCAUCUAUUGGCGUGAAGCAUGUCUCUCUAUAUGAUAUGGAUGGAGUUCUGAAGGAAUCAAAGGGUAUCAUUUUCGAGAAAUUGGGUUGCAAAAGAACAUGGGAGGAAGUAGAUGAAAAAAUAUCACUUUUGGAAGGAAAGCCAAUGAAAUUGGAAUUUGUUUCAUCCUGUGAUGGAAAAGAAGGGGCUGCUAAAGCAGCUAGCUUUCUCUUCUCCAAGUAUUUGAAAGCAGCUAAUUCACAUGGAAACCAAGAAGGGCUAAUCAUUACAGAACCUGACAUGACAAAUGCACUAAAAGCUGUUGGUUGUGGAGGGCCAGAACCUGAUAUUCUUCUAAUUUAUGGGCCUGUAAGGUGCCAUCUAGGAUUCCCAGCUUGGAGAUUGCGAUAUACAGAAUUUGUACAUAUGGGACCAUUAAAGUCCAUGUCAUAUGGUUCGGUAAUUAAAGCCAUCCACAAAUUCACAAAGGUGCAUCAAAACUAUGGUUCAUGAGACCAGUGCUGAUAGUUUGGCAUUCCAAGAACAGUCUUGAACAAGAGAUGCAGUAGCAAGUUACAGUAAUCUGAUCACAGCAAACACAAAAGCAUCCCGACCUUCACCUUUGUGAUGCUAUAGAGUAUUUAUUUUCCACACAUCUCACUGUUUUAGACUUUUAGUUUAUAAUCAACAAUAUUGUCAGCUUUUCACGAAACAAUAUCCAAUUCAUUUUUGUUUCCUGA